AUGGGACAGACUAAUGCAACCUCCUGGAGGGGCUUUGUCCUCCUGGGCUUCUCUAACUUUGGGGAGCUGCAACUCCUAUUUUUUGCAUUGUUCCUCUCCCUCUAUCUUGUCACCCUGACCAGCAAUAUUUUCAUUAUUAUAGUCAUCAGGCUGGAUAGCCAUCUUCACAUGCCAAUGUACCUCUUUCUUUCUUUCCUAUCUUUCUCUGAGACAUGCUACACCUUGGGUAUCAUCCCCAGAAUGCUCUCUGGCUUGAUCCUGGGGGACCAGGCCAUCUCUUAUCUGGGCUGUGCUGCCCAGAUGUUCUUCUCUGCCUCAUGGGCUUGUACCAAUUGCUUUCUCCUGGCUGUCAUGGGCUAUGACAGAUAUGUGGCCAUCUGUGCUCCACUGUACUAUGCCAGCCGUAUGAACUCUAUCCUUUGUGCCCAGCUCAUUGGCAUCUCCUUCCUGAGUGGAUACCUCUUUGGCCUGGGAAUGACAUUGAUUAUUUUCCACCUCCAAUUCUGCAGCUCCCAUGAGAUCCAGCACUUUUUUUGUGAUACACCACCAGUGCUAAGCCUGGCCUGUGGGGAUACAGACCUGAGUGAGAUUGGCAUUCUCAUCCUCAGCUUGCUGGUCCUCCUGGUCUCCUUCUUCUUCAUCACCAUCUCCUAUGCCUUCAUCCUGGCAUCAAUACUUAGAAUACCCUCCACUGAAGGGAAAAAGAAGACCUUCUCCACAUGUGCUUCACAUCUCACAGUGGUCAUUGUUCACUAUGGCUGUGCCUCCUUCAUGUACUUGAAGCCCAAAGCCAGUUACUCUCUUGAGCGAGAUCAGCUUAUUGCUGUCACUUAUACUGUGGUGACUCCUCUCCUCAACCCCAUUGUAUAUAGUCUAAGGAAUAGAGCUGUGCAGACAGCUCUGAGAAAAGCUUUCCAAGGAAGAUUGCUGGGUAAAGGAUGA